CCUAAUGUGGAAUGACAUAGCAAAGAACCCUUUGCAUACACCCUUUCAUGGUCCCUGGGCAGCCACAAAAGCAGCAAAACUAAUAAAGUUUUCAGUUGACCAAAGAAAUGGUGAUGGAGAAGCCAAGUCCCCUGCUGGUCGGGCGGGAAUUUGUGAGGCAGUAUUAUACUCUGCUGAAUCAAGCACCAGACUACCUGCACAGAUUUUAUGGAAAGAAUUCUUCCUAUGUCCAUGGUGGCUUGGAUUCCAAUGGAAAACCAGCUGAUGCAGUCUAUGGGCAAUCUGACAUCCACAAGAAGGUGCUGUCACUGAACUUUAAGGACUGCCACACAAAGAUCCGUCAUGUGGAUGCCCAUGCUACUCUUAAUGAUGGUGUUGUAGUCCAGGUGAUGGGAGAACUCUCCAAUAACAUGCAGCCAGUGCGCAGGUUCAUGCAGACGUUUGUACUUGCACCUGAGGGUUCUGUUGCAAAUAAGUUUUAUGUCCAUAACGACAUCUUCCGCUACCAAGAUGAGGUUUUUGGUGAUUCGGACACCGAGCCUCCAGAGGAAUCUGAGGAGGAGGUGGAGGAACCUGAGGAAAGACAGCAGACCCCUGAGACAGUUGAUGAUCCCGGUGCUUACUACGAGCAGUCUGUAAGCAAUGACUUGGAGGAACAGCUGGAGGAGCCAGUAGUGGAACCAGAACCGGAGCCUGAACCGGAGCCUGAACAGGAGCCAGAACCAGAAGUGCAGGAAGAAAAAUCUGAGCCAGUAUUGGAGGAAACUGUUCCUGAGGAGACUAUGGAAAAGAGUCCUUCUCCGGUCCCUGCAGACCCCGCUCCUGUGGUGCAAGAGGACUCCAGGACAUUUUCGUGGGCAUCUGUAACCAGCAAGAACCUCCCACCCAGUGGAGCUGUUCCAGUAUUGGGAAUACCACCUCAUGUUGUGAAAGUACCAGCCUCGCAACCCCGUCCUGAGUCCAAGCCUGAAUCCCAGACUCCGUCACAGAGGCCACAGAGGGAUCAGAGGGUGAGGGAGCAGCGAACAAGCAUCCCACCACAGAGAGGGCCUAGACCAGUUCGUGAAGGUGAGCAGGGAGACAUGGAAACUAGACGGAUUGUUAGGUACCCAGACAGUCACCAGCUAUUUGUUGGGAACCUUCCUCAUGAUGUGGAUAAAACUGAACUGAAGGACUUCUUCCAAAAACUUGGCUCUUCUCUUGCAGAUUAUGGGAAUGUUGUGGAACUCCGUAUCAACAGCGGUGGGAAACUCCCUAACUUUGGGUUUGUGGUGUUCGAUGAUCCUGAACCAGUUCAGAAGAUCCUUAGCAAUAGGCCCAUCAUGUUCAGGGGAGAGGUGCGUUUGAACGUGGAGGAGAAGAAAACACGAGCUGCCAGGGAGGGUGACCGCAGAGACAACAGAGCACGUGGACCUGGAGGCACUCGGGGAGGGCUGGGAGGUGGGAUUCGAGGGCCUCCACGUGGAGGAAUGUCUCAGAAACCAGGAUUUGGAGCUGGAAGGGGCAUCGGGCAACGCCAGUGAAUUCAUCAAGGAUGUUGGCAUGGUGGCACAAACCCUUGUUCCUGCAGAUUUGUGAAUUUCAGCCUUGGGUAUCUUGGAAUGUGGCCCUGGCCUGUUAUAGACUGCUACGUUUGAUACUGUUUUUGGCCCCUUUUUGUUUGUUAUGGUUUUGUGUUUCUUUUUUUUGUUUUUUCCCCCCCCCCCCCCAGUCCUUGUCCCAGAUUCCAGCUUUGUGGAACAAUAUUUUAGGAAAAGUGGAUUUUAAAAAGAAAAGAACGGAAGUUCCUUGCUCACUGCAAACUUACGGACUGGAUUUUUUUUUUUUUGUGUGUAUACCAGUGGGUCUUUCCUAAAGGAAUGUGGUGUGUGGUGUGGUUUUUUUUUUUUUUUUUUUUUUUUUUUUUUUGGCGCUCUAUAUUGAAAUUGGGUGCGUUUCAGUCAGUGGAAUAAUCUUUCACCCGCAUGUGUUCAAGAGCCUGUAGGAAAACCUAGCACUUGGCAAGCAUUUCAAGGCAGGAGAAACUAUUGUUUGUCCCUUGAGGGUCAUGUGCACAUCCUCUGGUCUGGCCAUGUUGCCACUUGAAAAAUUGACAUUCAUUCUUCUCUCUGUGGCGCUGUAAAAGUGGAAUAAAGGGUAUCCAUAGAAUCUUUUUUCUUUUGAUACAUGAUCACGAAAAGGAAUUCUAACUACUGUUUUACCACUUACAAAUUUUGGAUUGUGGGAUAGGUUUUAAAUGUCUAGAACUUGACUCUUAAAACAUUUUUCCUGAACUUGUGAAAUUUUUUUAUUGAAAUAGGGAGGUUUUUUUCAUGUUUUAGUUUGUAUUUGUAUAAAAAAAACAAAACAAAAUUGUUGUGCCUUCUAUUUAUCUCUCAUUCCAGUCUUGGCAAAUUGUUAAAAAAAUAAAAAAAGUCUAGAUUUGCUUUAUCAAGUGGAGUAUGUUGGAAUUCUUGUGAAGGGGGAGUUUCCCCGCAUUCCUCCCAUCACUACCUUUGUCUAGGAUAAUGACAAAAGGUGCUUUGGAAACUGAACCGAUCUCUGCUGUGGUAGUAGGUAGAGAUGUCUAAUAUUAUAAAGCACGGUGGUGGUUGGCUGAAUGUUUGUUUGCUUUUUCCAGCUGACUGAAAAGUUACGCCAUUUUGUAACAACUCCUGUUGUGACUAGGAAACUGUGGUUGUAGAUAUCUUUUAUUGUUAAAAUGUAAAUGUGCUUUUUAGGAUCCUGUAUACUUACUCUGUUCUUUAUUGGGGGGAGGGGGAGUCGCUUUUGCAGUUUGGGCAUCUGUUUAGCAACUCCCCUCUGGCAGAGGUGAAACUACCUAGAUUAGAUGUAGCCUCUGACAAUUAUGCUAGAAGGUGUACUGAUUGCCUAUCAAUUGCUGGUAUAUACUCCUGGUAUUGAAUAAAUAUCUUAUUCAUU